UAACAACCCACUUCCACUUGAAAGGAACAGAACGAAAAUGUGUGUUUUGUCCCAUGGACCUGGUAUCGGUAUUACAGGUCACCCAUAAGUAGAAUCCUCCUGAUCAAAGACUAAUGUAUCUAUGAAGCUCGCUUAGAUAUCCACAACUCAUCCCCGGUUUUCAAGAUUGACCAAGAACUUCCAUUCAAAUAUGAAGGUUCAUCCAGAACAACUCGUUCGCUGAAUCCUCCUUUGGAUGUCAAGGAUAAGCAGCCAACGCAGCCCACGUUUUAAAAACCUUGAUAUCCCCGCAGCUGAAGCUACCCAUCCAUCCAGCGGGUCUUAUCGCAAUAGGCAAUCCUUCUACCCCACGCCAAUGCACAACAACUCUAAAUGUCGAAUUCGAGAUUUCCAGAUUCUACAGUACGGAUACCCUAUUUGGAAGAAGUGCUUCAGACCAGACAUCCUCUCUUUUCUCCGGAGUCAUAUCCAUCCCACAGCAUCAAAUUACGGCUUCUUUUCGACUCAUGCAUGUCACGCGUUGUAAUCCUCGCUCUUUGCAUGUAUAGCGCAUAUACAAUAGUUGGCAGUACAGCAUGCAGCUGAUGAUUCUCCACACCCCUUGUCAAUAUGUCUCUUUUACCUUGAACCUUCCCCAUUCCUUCCACAAUAUAUUGUGCACACUCAAUGGGCCCAAGAUGAUUCGUUGACUCCCUUGAGCGAAUGUUCCCCUUCCCCCUUCCCCUAUCCGAGCCACACCACCAAGCAGUGUUACCGCUUCUCUCCACCUCUACCACGUCUACUAUAUCCCCAUUACCACAAUGGAAAAACUGACCCGCACGCCACCAACCAGCAUGUCACCACGUUACCAGCUUUCGACCCUGCAGUGAACCCGUCUUAGAGCCUUGGGGGCUGUCUAGGGCUGUCUAUUUGCGGCAUCUCGCCAGGAAGGAUGCUGAUGAGGAGUCACGGUCCUAUCGGUUUGCACGUAGUCCGCUGCACUUACAGCAGCCUCACUGCAGCUCAUCAGCUUCAACGAGCUCUCAUUCGGACAUCACUGCUACCAUACCCAGAUUCUUCUCGUCUGAAACCCCCCGCCAUGCAGUUAGGGGGAACACAAGGAAGGUCACGGCUACACCAAGAUCCUUUCUCUUUCAAUAUUAUCGACCUUUAUAAAUUCUGUUAAUGCGACCUUACCAAUUCAAUGCAUUGUACCACGUGUGGAAUCCUGCCUAUCUCAAGUAUAACAGACCGGCUCUCUUCGUUGAUAGGAAAUAUUGACUUACCAUGUCGAUGUCGAAAAAGUCGAAAGGCCCAGCAAUCCAGCCGGAACGACAGUCGCUUUUCAGAAAAAAAGAAGCCCAGCCUUACCUCGUCGAGAUCGUCUUUAAAAUCUACGGAUGAGGAAUCUCCAUAUCAUGCCCUGUUCUACUGUUCAAGUGAAGAUCACUGUUCAUUCUACAUUGACUUAGAUGACGACGAUGAUGAGAAGGACACACUGGUAUCUUCAGUCUCCCCAAUGUCCACCUCUCAGCCGCCUAUAUUUCCCGGAAAUGGGAACUCGGCUAUAUUGAACGAGGAGGUAUUUAUGCACUAGGGUGGCUAAUCUUCAUGAUCUAACCCUUCUGAGCAGUCUAGAGGCAGUAGCGCGUCGCCUAUUUCGCUGAGCCCUCCAACACACGAUACUCGUCGAGCCAAGUACCACUUGAAGGAACUUGGUACGUUUGCUGAUCAGCUUGAACAGGUGGGUGACAUUGUUUUAUUCGUCCCUUCUGUGCGACAGUAGUCUUUUUGUUCCCAUCACGUCUCCAUACAUAUCGCCAUUGAAUACGAAUGAAGUGACAACACGAUAUUCUUCCCAAAUUAAGAAAAGAACCCCACCAAAACUAAUCAAUACACCUAGUCCGCGCUUAGAGCUUUCCCCAGCCGUGGCCGGUCUCGAUACAAGCAAGUUAUAGCAGUUCUCAUACAAUGGGGCGAUGACCCAUCAGCUAUACAACCUGAAACUGAUCGACUUCGGACAAUAUUCGAAUCGAAUUAUGGGUUUAAGACUCAAUUAUGGCUAAUUCCGUCAUCGUCUUCUCACCUCAAACUCAUGAGUUUAGUGCUACAUUUUCUGGAAGAUUAUGGUUCGAGUGACAAUCUAAUGGUCGUUUAUUAUGGUGGGCAUGGAGUAAUUAACAGUAUUGGGCAAACAACUUGGUUAAGGUUAGUAGUUUUCGAUUCUGUGAGAAUGCAUUUGGACGUCUUCAUGUGUGAUUUUGUCUCCAAUUCUCGCUAAUGGUGCCCAGCAAGCAAGAAUCUAUUUCGCCUUUCCUGGAUUGGACUGCUAUACAAGGUUUAUUCGAGGAGACGGAAUCAGACGUCCUUUUCUUACUAGAUUGCUGUGCAGUUGCAACGUCCUCGGGAGGUGGCGGCCAAGGUGUUACUGAGACAAUCGCGGCUUGUGGACUGGAGCCAUGGCCCCCAGGUCCAGAGAGGAAUCUUUUCACCAAUGCCCUAAUCAGUGUCUUAGAGGCUUGGAUAACUAGGUCUUCCUUUACGGCUGCUAUGUUGCACAGUGAAAUCCUAGCCGCAAUCAAGCACGAAAUUCCAGAACGAAGGAAAUGGACAACAGAUCAAAAAAUCAUCCAAGAUCGGAAAACGCCAAUUUACAUUCUCAAUUCAAACGUCUCUACAUCCUCAAGUAUUGAGUUAGCUAGUAGACGAAACCGAAAUAGUGGAACCAUCAGUAAUCGAGCGAGUGCAAACUUCAGCAGACCAGCUUUGGCUCCAUCGCCUCUCAAUCCAUCACAUGUCUUCUCCAAGUUCGACAUCUAUAAUCCUGAAAAUCUUCUGAAAACAUCUAAGACGGGCGAUCUGCAAAUACCGCAUGUUCUAAUAGCAAUAGCUCUUGAAGAAGAUAAGAAUGUGGAUAUUGAUGCUUUAUAUAGCUGGAUUCAUGAGAUUCCUGCAUUGUCCAAGUAUGCCGUUGUUGAAGGAAUCUACAAGAGCUUUUCUACUGCUCUUCUCUUGUCAAUUCCAUUGUUAAUUUGGGACAUGCUACCGGAUGAUCUUUCUGUAUCAUUUGUCGCUUAUAUUCGAUCCAGAAAUUCAUUAGCUAAAGAUUCUAUCCGGGGGUUUAGCAGGUUGGUUGAAGGUGUAGACGAACCCCGGACUAAUAAAAAGGAGAUUCAGCAGAGCGAGGAGCCAGAAAGGCAACACAGAGAACAAGAGACCUAUUCUAAAACAGUCGGAGAGAGGCGGAUUGAUCAGCUGAUGCGGAAACAUACCAAACAUCCAACGCUUGAAUCGGCUACCUUAACGAGAAUUACGAAUUUGCAUGACCGACCCCAGACAGCGAGCAGUACGGCCUAUCCACCUAAUCUUUCCACACAAAGCACAAUCACACGACCUUCCACUUCGAGGGGCCUAGAUACAGAUAAGGAACCAUCGAGACACAAUAGCCCAUACCAUUUCAGCGAAUCUCCCCGCGACCAGAAAACAAUUGGACGUCGGAAUAUCUCAGCAGGUCGAAAUUCCAAUCGUCUAUUCGACAGCCUCGGUGGUCCUCUGAUACCGAGAAUUACGACACCACAACAAUCCCCCAAUGAACGCCCCAACACUGCGAGAGGGCCUGGACCAAACCGACUUUACAGUCCCUUACAUUCAAAUCCUUACAUACAAUCUCAAAACAACUCGCGUUCCGAUGUCGGUCAAUCAACUCAGGGAUCUACUAGUCUCGAUAGUCCUUUCGCAAGAAACACAUCCCAUUCCUUCGCAUUGGAGAAGUAUAUCCAAGACUACCCAUCACCUGGAAGACCCAUCCAACAAACUCAAUCAUCUACAACUCAGUAUGACAACUCAACCAUAUCAGUACAAGAAAUUAUCCGUCCUCUACUAACCGAACGUCUCGAUCGUGCAUCCAGUCGUCGAGCAGCAAAACUGGAUGCGGCUCUAACUGAUAUAUUCGCCACAACCUCACCCUCAAAUGAUCCCGCCGCCUUAGCGAAAGCAAAGAAAGAAAACAGGAGGUCCGCCAGAAUGGAGGAAUUCCAGGCGAAUGCUCUGGAGACCGAGAAACUCAUACACGACCUGCGACAGGAAGCGAUUCUCGCACGUGAAGAAGCUCGACGCGCAUGGGAUGAACUAAGUCGAAGAGAACGCGAAGAACGCGAAAGACUCGCCAAACUACGGAAUGGUGGGACAAUAGAAUUCGGAAAAUACAGGGUGAGAGCUGUAGGAGAAAUCCCAGGAAUGAGCGAGAAGGGAUCGAAAACGAAAGCUGCUGCUAUCCUGGGGACUAUUCUAAGUCCCAGGGAAGCAAUGAAGGAACAUCGACGUUCGCGAAGCGAACCGAGAGGGAAAAAAACAUCCACACUCGCGGAGCAAAGGAUUAAACUUGUUUGCCCACCCGUCCCGCCGCCGAAAGAUAGAAGACUUGCCGAGUACGUGAAUCAAAGGAGAGAAGCCCAACAAAAAGUCUCGUCCAAGAGACCGGUAGCUGUUUACCAACCACAGCUCCCGGCUCACAAGAUACCCCAGCGCAAAGCGAGUCUGGGUGUUUUCCGACCUCAACCGAAAUUCAAAGCAGAUGUUCCAAGAGAUGGUGAGUUCCCGUUUCCUGAUGCGGAUCCGAAUGUGCUGAGGCAUAUGACGUCUUUUGAAUCGAUGGAUCAGACCAAUCUCGCGGUCAUCGACUCGAAUUCUGGCGCUACUUCCGCUAUGGUUUCCGGGAUCGGCUCGGGCGCUGGUUCGGGUGUCGAUAUGAAGGUGGAGGAGGACAGCUGUAGAGGACGAAGGAGAAAACCUACUACAUAUACAUUCCUUCACGAGGAUUCGGAACUGGGUGGGAAGAGUAUGAGAGCGGCAUCUUUUAGCUCUGGGAGAGGGGAGAAAGGGAAGGAGAAGCAGAAGCAGAAGCCGAGGAGGAAGGGGAGUCGGCUUGUGAAGAAGCAGGCGGGUGGUGGGGAGAGGGGAAAGGGUGUGAGGAGGGAGGAUGUUGUUUUUCCGCAUUUGAGGGUUCAAGUUUGAGAUUUGAGAUUGAAGGGGUGGGAGGACUGGAGAACUUUGGGGCAUUGAGUGUGUUUUAAGGAUGUGUAAGACGGGAUUUUGUUGUUCUUUUUGUGUAAGUCUUACUUGUGCAUAUACUGUAGGUGUCUGAUGGAUGUCGGUUUUCUCUCUGAAAGGGGCUAUUUGGCUUGCAGGUUCUUUGCAAAAUAAGUUGCACUCCUAUCACAGUAAAUAUGGCUAUAUUCAGGGUGCACUUAAUGAACUAGAUACCUAUUCUACGGCCAUCUCAAACCCCCGGC